AUGCCCCCCGACUUCCCCGACCAAGACCAACCCCCCGUGGAGAAACGCUCCGUCGUCUCCUCCUUCAUCUUCCGCUUCACCAACCCCUCCGAGCCCCCCGUCGUCGCGCUCUUCCAACGCAGCGACAAAGUCCGCACCUAUCCCCACCACCUCGCCCCCAUCGCAGGCUGCAUCGAAACCACCGACCCGACCCCCCUCUCCGCCGCCUGGCGCGAACUCCACGAAGAAACCACCCUCGACAGCACCACCCUCACACACUGGCGGACGGGCAAGCCCUUCACCUUCCUGGACCCCAGCAUCAACCGGGAAUGGACGAUCCACCCGUUCGCCUUCAAACUGACCUCACCCUCGACCACCACCACCCCGCCCAUCAAAACCGACUGGGAACACACCAACUGGAGCUGGUACGACCCAUCCACCAUCCUCACCACAACCAACAACAGCAUCCCAACCGUGCCCCGUCUCCGCACGUCCCUGAAACGGGUCUACUUCGAAAGCACGCUCCAACCCGCGCGCGCCGCCAAAACCCUCUCCGCCGGCCUCGACCGUCUCCGAACCGACCACACCAGCGGCUCUCAAGAACUCACCUCCAUCGCCCUGGUCCUCUUCCGCGACUUCAUCAUCCACACCGGCGACCUGCUGCUCACGCACCCGGAGAAAUGGUGGGAGACGGUCCGCCUCGCCGCCUGGCACCUGAUCAAAAACGGCCGCGAGAGCAUGGGCGCCGCCACCAUGAACGCGCUGGUCGCCGUGCUCGACGAGAUCGAGGAUAUCCUCGCCGACGAGAAAACCGGCGCCUACUGCGGCAAUCACACCUGGGAGCGCGUGCUCACGGUGCUGGACCAUCACCUGGCCAGUCGGAAGGGCCGCGCCGAGCAGGUGCGCGAUGCCUUUGCCAAUUACGUCCGGUUUCGGUUCCUCCACCACGGCGAGUCCAGGGACAGACUGGUCGUGUUGACGGUGUCGGCCAGUUCGACGAUCCGGGAUAGUAUUCUCGAUGCGUAUGAGGGGCUGGACAUCGACACGUUGGAGGUCAGGGUGCUGGAGUCGAGGCCGUUGUUUGAGGGCGCCAGUGUGGCCGCGUCCUUGGUGUCCGGGUUCCGGUCCCGGGUUCAGGAUGUCCCCGGGAAGGAUCUCCGGGUGAAGGUGUAUACGGAUGCCGCGGCGGCGGUGGCGGCCGAUGGCGUGGAUUUGUUGCUGCUGGGCGCGGAUCGCAUCUCGGUGGAGAAGGGCGUGAGUAAUAAGACGGGGUCGUUGCCCGCCGUGUUGAGUGUCAGAUAUGCCAGUCCCGAGGCGCAGGUCGUCGUGCUGAGUGAUCUCGAGAAGAUCAAUUGUCCCGGCAGCGUGGUGGAUGAUGAGCACCAUGAGGAGAAUGAUCCCGCGGAGGUGGUGAGUGCCUGGCGCAAUGAUGGGGUCGAGGCGGUGCGCGUGCUCGAGGAGGGCAUGGACGGCGAGUUUGUCGAUGAUCAGGGCUCGUCGAGGGUGGAAGUCAAGAAUGUUUACUUCGAGUGGGUGCCGUUGUAUAUGGUUGAUGCGUUUGUUAGUGAGGAGGGCGUUUUGGAUGGGGGGCGUAUAAGGGAGAAGUCGAAUGACCUCGCGGAGACGGUCAAUCGGUACUUUGAGGAUCUGUAA